CUCUCUCUCUCAAAACAAAACCCACACGCUGCUUGCUUCUUGAAAUUUCUCCGAUGGCUUUGCUCGACGAACAACCUACCGGAAACCCCACCGCCGUCAACGAAGCCGCCGUCAACGAAGCCGCGGAACCAGGCAGGAAAAUGAUGAGAGCUUCAUACAUUUUAGGCAGCAUUUCCUGCUGCAUCAGCAUGUUUGUAGCUUCCGCCAAAGGCAGGCUGCUCAUCAGCGACGCUGACUUUUUGUUGGCACUUGUAUCAUACGUCUGUUUCUUUAACACCAUCUGCUUAUGCAGCAUCACCCGUGCAGAGCACUACUAUCCACUCGAAAUCAAACAAUCCCGGUCCCGCACCAUCUCUAUCAUAAGCUUCGCGUCUAAGAUUUACUUUUUUGCUGCUUGUGGCUCCCUCGGCAUAGUCUCUUACCAUCUUGUUCUUGCCACAUUUACUUAGCUUUACUUUGCAUUCAAACAUCUAUGUACUUUGCCUUAUCAAAUCCAUUGUCUUA